AUGGCACAGCCGCUUUCGCAGCCCUAUCACAACUCGUUCGCAUCCAUGACAUCUCACGCUUCCCACGCGAGCUCCGGCUCCAACGUCGUCGGCGUCCACUACCGUGUCGGCAAAAAGAUCGGAGAGGGCUCCUUCGGUGUCAUCUUUGAAGGCACCAACCUGCUCAACAGCCAGACCGUCGCCAUCAAGUUUGAACCACGCAAGAGCGAUGCACCCCAGUUGCGCGACGAGUACCGCACCUACAAGAUCCUCGCCGGCUGUCCCGGUAUCCCGCAGGUCUACUACUUUGGCCAGGAGGGUCUCCACAACAUCCUCGUCAUCGACCUGCUGGGUCCAUCCCUCGAGGAUCUGUUUGACAUGUGCGGUCGUAAAUUCAGCAUCAAGACCGUCGUCAUGACCGCCAAGCAGAUGAUCACGCGCGUCCAGACCAUCCACGAAAAGAACCUCAUCUACCGCGACAUCAAGCCAGACAACUUUUUGAUCGGUCGUCCCAUGACCAAGGGUGCCAACCUCGUGCAUGUCGUCGACUUUGGUAUGGCCAAGCAGUACCGCGACCCCAAGACGAAGCAGCACAUUCCCUACCGCGAACGCAAAUCGCUCAGCGGCACUGCGCGAUACAUGUCCAUCAACACCCACCUGGGUCGCGAGCAAUCGCGACGAGAUGACCUCGAGGCGCUUGGACACGUCUUCAUGUACUUCCUCCGCGGUGGUCUGCCAUGGCAAGGUCUCAAGGCGGCGACCAACAAGCAGAAGUACGAGAAGAUUGGCGAGAAGAAGCAGAGCACACCCAUCAAGGAGCUCUGCGAAGGCUUCCCCGAGGAGUUUGGCAUCUACCUCAACUACGUACGCAAGCUUGGCUUUGAGGAGACGCCCGACUACGAUUUCUUGCGCGAGCUCUUCUCCAAAGUGCUCAAGAGUUCGGGUGAGCAGGAGGAUGGCGUCUUUGACUGGAUGCUGCUCAACAAUGGCAAAGGAUGGGAGGCGGGUACCAACCGAGACCGUCGCGACGACCGCGAUCGUCAACGAGAGACGCGCGCAUCGGCUGUCCCGCAAGCAUCGGCAGCGGCCGCGCAGCAGCAGUCGUCGGCGUUGGCCCGCAACGGGUCCAAAGGCGGACGCAAGUCGGGAGGAGCACAACAGCACAUGCAGAGCGACCGAUCGCAGGCUGGCCAACUGCGCGCAAGUCACGGCGAUUACACGCAGAACGGGUCCGGCUACGGAGGUGUGGGGCACGCAUCGAACGUGGCUGUUCACGACGCUACCGUCGCAGGCAUCCCCACCCAGAACGGUACCCGGGAGCACAGCCAUGUGGGUCACAUGACACCCACUGCCAUGUCUUCCGGGAACGGACUGGACGGCCGUCGUGGCGACACGCGCCAGGCUGUGGGUAUCAGCAACGGAGAGGAUCACCCUGCGGAACGAAAAACGUUCGGUCAGAAGUUGGUGGACGUGCUGACGUGCCGAUGCGGUUGA